AUGUCCGGAUUCAUUGUUACUAAUAUUUUGUUUUCUGAUCUCAGUGCAGGAUCUGCAAAUCUUUUUUUCAUUCUGACUGAAAGAUAUUUGAACUGUAAAACAGCCUUCAACUGCACACAAAAAAGGAUUCUCAUCACCAAAAUACUCAGCAGACUCUCAUUGCAAUAUUUACAAAUAAGGAAACUUCAAUUGGAAAUUGGCACUAUUAUUAUGAAAAAAUGGACAACAAGCAUUUAUACUAAGCAGAUUUCAAAAUAUUAA